UGGUAGAGAGACAUUAUUAAAAAUUGUGCCGACUAAGCGUUGAAAAUAAUGAAGAGAGAGAAUAGACCAAAUCUGUUAACAACAAAUAAUGUCAACUUUUGCAAACGACAAAAAGCAACUUCUGUUUUAAGAAAUCACCCAGACAUAUAUAUGUAUAACAUGGGAGUAAAAGUUGCCGCUGUAUACCUGGUUCUGAUCAUUUGCACAUUCCAAGAUGUUGAAGUAAAAAGUAUGAGAGUGUCAAGACAAGUUACUUCUGAUUUUCAAAGCCAAGUUACAAACAGCGUGAACGCAAGUGAUAAUUCUUUAGCGGAGAACGUUGGACAAGAGAUUGAUGGUACAAUAUUUAACUUACAGCUAUGCCCUACUUGUUCUGGACAAUCUAAGUCUUAACAUCUAAACUGCCCGAAUUUGAAAUAACGAUAAAUAUCAAUCAGUCCUGGAAAAUUGUUGUUAUUAACAUUUAAUACAUUUGAAUAGCAUUACAA